AUGUCAAAAGUUGAAGACUGGAGAAAGAACGCAGAUACCCACAAGAUGAGCCCAGAAGAGGUGAGAGCAGCGGGCUUGGAAGGAUCGAAGAGGCCACCAGGCCACCACCCUGGAGGAGUGUUGCACCAAAGGAGCAAGCUUCCGGUUUCCAUGACUACUAUGACCAUCGGCGGCCUUCUCAUCACCGCGGCCAUAGGAUAUUCGGUGUUGUACACCAGGAAAAAGCGUGAAGCUAGUGCCCUAGAUGUUGCCAAGGUGACCACGGGUAUUGCUGACCCCAGUGACACUCGCCCCAGGAAGUCGUCGUAGUAUGUAUGUAUGAUAACUAGUUUCUACAAUAAUAAUAAUUUCUACUUAAGUGUUUUUCUUCCACGAUAAUUAAUCAUAUCGAAAUAGUACAAGUA